AUGACUGAGAAAGAAAUCGUUGAAGUGUUCGUGCAUGUGCAAGAGCCGGAAUAUUAUGAUAGAAUCAUGUUGCUCGUUGGAGCCAAGUUUGCCGAGAUAGUCAAGAUUGGUUUGCUGAAAAAGAAAAGAGAAGAAGUUGCUGCUAUUUCAUAUGGGAGAAGGAAAACCCCCAGAAGCUCAUCGUAUUCCCAAGGUCAUUCCCGACCCUCCCCAAAGUCCUACCAAUCUUGUUAUACGCAAUCUAGUCAUCCCAAUAAUCAGAACACUACCUCCGUUCAUCCAAACGUCCAAGCUCCCGUUAUUGCUCCCAACUGUGCUAACGUACAGUCGAACUACCGAGCACCCCCUCCUGUAUAUCAACUCCAAGCUCCACUGUACCAAGAUCCCCCUCCAAAUUACCAAGCUCCAUCGCCAAACUACCAAACAAAUCCAUAUCCAAAAAGGCAAGCUCCCCGUCCAAAUACCAGAAAUAAUCAACAGGUGCCUCCUCCUUAA